CAUUAACACCAAGGGCACCAGUGGAAAUCCCAACCAAAAUUCUUGUUUUUGAAUCUGGAAUUGUUGUCUCAACCAAAUACUUCUCCUCAACUUCACGGUGAGAGCAUAGAUCCAUACUGAAUCUACUCUGUGGUAGACCUUAGUUCUCCGGAUCAGUUUUCUCAGAGCGGGAGCUAUGCAAAAGGGCCUGAAACUUUAGAAAUUCGAAGCGGAACCGAACCGAGCGCGAGUGGCGGAGCGGCGGGGGAGGCGGGAAUGGAGGCGCUGCGGGAGCUCGAGAGGGUGCAGAGGGUGCUCUCCCUCAUGAGCUCACGCGGCCUCUGCGACACCGGCUCCAGCGGUGGCGGCGCCGCCGCCGACCGCUUCCUCGCCCAGUUCCUCCUCUUCAUGGUGCAACCAUCUGAGUCUCUUACCAUGGAAAAUAAGUUCCUAUUGGUCUCUGAGCUUUUAGGAAAGGCUACUCCUGAUACUAUGGAAGAAGUGCACCAUCUCACCCAUCUGGAAGGUAGUCACCAUCUGGAAGCUGAUCAAAAUAUAUCUUCUGGAGCUUUACUACAGCCAAAUAAGAAGUUCAAGAUGCAUGCUGAGAAAUCAACCAUUCAGGCUGUGCCUAUGGUUGGUUUUGAUGCCAUGACAAGAGCAAAGUCUACGCUUGAAGAUUUUUGCAGAUCGUACUUUAUGUUUCAUGGAUUGGACGCUAACAAUCCACAAUCCAUUUUCAAAUAUCUGCCUGUUCUUUCUUUCACAGAGAGCUAUAUAUAUCAGUUAGAUGCUUCAAAUGAGGACUCUUUGAAUCUAAUCCCAGACAAUAGGAGUUCAUCAAAAGAGUUGGAAAGGAAAAAGGAAGCUUUCGAUGAAACAUCCUUGUCUCAAAUGAUUGAACCCCUUGACAGUUUUCUUCAGAAUCAGGGGUUAAUGACAGAUCGAUUGCAAACUGAGCUCAAAUCAGGCAUUCAGUAUUGGUCUUUAGAGCGGAAGCUUUGUCAAGCAUUAACAAGAAAUGAAAAGAUCUCAAUUGACGAUGUGAUGAAAGCAAUUCAUCUCAAAUCAUUUGAUUAUCGAGUUCUUAAUCUCUUGAUGUAUCAGCUAACUGGUCAGCAGGUCAAUGAAUUGCAUAUGGACUUUUUGUCAAUUUCAGAAUUUUUGGUUGAGAUAUCUGAUGACCUGUAUGAUUAUGAGGAUGAUGUGAUAAACAAUACUUUUAAUAUCCUUCGCAUGUUUGCUGCAAUAUAUGGACCUUCAGAGGCACCAAAUAUGCUGGCCAAGUGCAUAGGUGAAGCUGAAGAGAAGUAUGAGAGUUUCUCAAAGAAAUUGGACCCUAGUCUCUCAGGUAGUUGCUGGAGAAGAUGUGAGGAAGCUACAAAGGAAGCCACUGUCAUGUUUGGCAUCCUAUUGCAGGUGGAAAAAUAUCAGGUCACGCAUAUGGAACAUGGAAUAUCCCCUCUGUGAUAAGUGAUGAAGAAUCAUUCCGACGUGAAAGAACAAGCAAACAUGAUGCUUCUACUGUGAUCAUCUGACGAUAGGUUUCAUGCAUCUUCAAACUGAAGCUCAGUGUACACAGCGUCUUACCCAGAUGCAUAUAUCCUCUCUUGUCAGUUGACAGGUCAAAUGAAGAAGUGACCUGCAUCCCUUGAGGCAAUGUGCUACCGUGCUAGAGUGUAUUUAGUGCGGAACUUGUUGAGGUUAUAGUAGUCCUUGGCCUUACCUUGGGUCCCUUAGUUGUCAUAGAUAUAUCCACUUCUAAGUCGAAUUGCCAUUUAGCUGACAUUGACCAUUUAGUUGACUUCCCCUCACUUUUCCUUACAGCUUUCAUUAUCUUUCAUUGUAGCUGUCAUUAUCUUAAGUUCCUCUAAUCCUUUUAUGUAGUCUGCCAUAUAACACUACAUUUUAAGCACAGAGUCUUGUUCCUUUUCCCGAUGGG